AUGCUUCCUCCCAUCCCGCGGCCCGAAGACUACGGGGUCUCCCCAGACAGAGGGUUCCUCCCCUCUGAAAAUCCCAUACAAUGUCUCCCGCAUCAAGUCUACGAUCGCUGGGAGCGUAUCAUGAACAAUUUCCAGUCGUUAUUACUGUCGAAGAGACUGCGUACAGUCAUAGACAAGUUACCUAUCAUCCCCGCCGUACAUCUGGAGACCGAAGCCGAAUGGCAGCGAGCAUAUUCAGUGCUGACAUUCAUGGCCCACGGCUACAUCUGGGGCGGGGACAAGCCGUCAGAAAGAUUGCCUCCGCCAAUAACGUAUCCCCUCCUACAAGUCUGCGAACACCUUGAUCUCCCUCCGGUAGCCACUUACGCCGGUCUAUGCUUGUGGAACUUCAAGCCUCUCUUCCAAUUCCAACCUCUUGUCCUCGAAAAUCUGUCCAUCCUGAACACAUUCACCGGAUCGUUAGACGAACAAUGGUUCUACUUAAUAAGCGUCGCCAUGGAAGCAAAAGGAGGACCAUGUAUACCCAUUAUGCUGAAGGCCAUCCAAGCAGCGCGAAACAACGACGCCGAAUUGGUGACAAAAAGUUUACAGUCAUUUGCGCAGACGCUAGACGAGCUGGGGACUCUGUUGAUGAGAAUGUAUGAGAGUUGCGACCCUCAUGUGUUUUAUCAUCGAAUAAGGCCGUUUCUCGCCGGCAGUAGAAACAUGAAAGAGGCGGGGUUGCCGCAUGGUGUUUUCUACGACGACGGCAGCAGCCGCUCCACAUGGCGACAGUAUGGCGGCGGCUCCAAUGCACAAAGCAGCAUGAUCCAGUUCUUCGACAUUGUUCUGGGCAUCGAACACAGACCGACAGGCGCCAAAAAGGACGAAACGUCCGAGUCCGAAGCCGAGCCGGGCGCCGCGCCCAAGCCCAGACACAACUUCAUCCACGAAAUGAGACAGUACAUGCCCGGGCCUCACCGGAGGUUUUUACAGGCUGUCGAAUCGGUGGCCAAUAUUCGCGAUUUUGUCGAGUCCAACAGAUCCAGUCGCCAGUUGACCAUUGCUUAUGAUGCGUGUCUGGCUAUGCUCAGGUCUUUACGGGACAAGCACAUCCAGAUGGUUUCGCGGUACAUUAUCGUCAAGAGCAGAGAGUCUCGCAGUCUGAGCCGGACUCGACGCGGGAGUAGCAGCGGCGGCAGCCCAGAGGACCACCAUGCAUCUACCCGAGGCAAGGGAAUUGCUUCGAUCCGAUAUGGCGGUGGACCGCAAGUGGGUGGUGAGGAUCGGGAUCGUGGCUCAAGUAAUAAGAACAAAAAGAUGCGAGGUACCGGAGGAACCGCCCUGAUUCCGUUCCUAAAGCAGGCCCGAGACGAGACUGGCGAACCUGCUAUUGAUGACUGGGCAAGGAAACUGCUGAUGGGUGGUCGGCGGACUGAGGCUGAUGCCGAGAUCGCCUUUGAAAGCAGAAUCACUGCUGCCGAAUUGGAUUCCGAUGAGCCCCAGAUUGUUGGUCUCGCGGGGUCGUGGAACAUGGAAGAUGCUGGCGGUGGGCUUUGUGCUUACUAG